CGCGGCCUGGCGCUGAGGGAAACGGCCGGGUGAGCCCGGGGCUCUAGUGAACAGCGCAGCCCGACGGAGAUCGCCGGGAGGCAGCUCCGGCCCGGCGGUCUCCGAGAUGUCACGAUGGCUGUGGCCAUGGUCGAACUGUGUGAAGGAACGCGUCUGCCGCUACUUGCUACACCACUACUUGGGUCACUUUUUUCAGGAACACCUCAGCCUAGACCAGCUCAGCCUCGAUCUGUACAAGGGCAGCGUUGCCCUACGGGAUAUCCACUUGGAGACCUGGUCUGUAAACGAAGUUCUGAGGUCGAUGGAGUCGCCGCUGGAGCUGGUGGAAGGUUUUGUGAGCUCCAUCGAGGUGGCUGUACCCUGGGCUGCACUCCUCACUGACCACUGCACUGUGCGGGUAUCAGGCCUCCAGCUCACCCUGCAGCCCUGCCAGGGCCCAGGGCCAGGGGCUGCUGACUCUCAAACCUGGGCCUCAUGCAUGACCACAAGCCUACAGCUGGCUCAAGAGUGUCUGCGGGAUGGCCUGCCUGAGCCUUCGGAGCCACCACAGCCCCUGGAGGGGCUGGAGAUGUUUGCUCAGACCAUCGAGACUGUGCUUCGGAGGAUCAAGGUGACCUUCCUCGACACUGUCGUGAGAGUGGAGCACUCCACGGGUGAUGAGGAGCGUGGUGUGGCUGUCGAGGUCCAUGUGCAGAGACUGGAAUACUGUGACGAAGCAGUGCGAGACCCAAGCCAGGCACCACCUGUGGAUGUGCACCAGCCGCCUGCCUUCCUGCACAAGCUCCUGCAGCUAACAGGGGUCCGCCUGCACUUCGAGGAGCUACCCCCUCAGGUGGACCCCCCAAAGCCCCCCUUGCAGAUUGGCAGCUGCUCAGGAUACAUGGAGUUGAUGGUGAAGCUAAAACAAAAUGAGGCCUUUCCAGGCCCCAAGUUGGAGGUGGCAGGACAGCUGGGCGCCUUGCACCUGCUCCUCACCCCGAGACAGCUCCAGCAGCUUCAAGAACUCCUCAGCGCCGUCAGCUUUGCAGACUCAGAAGGCCUGACUGACAAGCUGAACAAGAGCCGCCCACUAGGUGCUGAAGACCUGUGGUUGAUCGAGCAGGACUUGAACCAGCAGCUGCAGGCGGGAGCUGUGGCUGAGCCCCUCAGCCCGCAACCCCCCACCAACCCCCUCCUCAGUUUGGACAGCACUGACCUCUUCUUCCCUAUGGCUGGUCUCACAAGCAGCGUAACCUCAGCUGUCUCUGAGCUCUCCCUGUCUGGGGUAGACCUGAGCGCCUCUGUACACAGCAACACGCCCUCCCAUAGGCCCUCUGCCCCAGCACACCCAGGUGGCAAGAUGGCUCCCACUCCCUUUCUGGAUACCAUGCGCCCUGACUCCCUGCUGAAGAUCACCUUGGGAGGUGUGACCCUGACCUUGCUUCAGACUGCUGCCCCAUCUUCCGGACCACCUGACCUCACCACCCACUUUUUUGCUGAGUUUGAUGCUGCCAAAGACGGGCCUUUCGGCUCCCGAGACUUCCACCACCUUCGGCCACGCUUCCAGAGUGCCUGCCCUUGUAGCCACGUCCGGCUAACGGGCACAGCCGUGCAGCUGUCUUGGGAACUGCGGACAAGAGGUCGCAGUCGGAGGACAAGCAGCACGGAAGUGCAUUUCGGGCAGCUGGAGGUGCUGGAGUGCCUGUGGCCCAGAGCCACCUCAGAGCCUGAGUACACAGAGAUCCUGAAUUUCCCGAGUCACUCAGGCUCCCAAGCCUCAGCUCGGCCCUGUGCCCACCUGCGCCACACACAGACCCUGCGCCGGGUCCCCAAGAGCCGGUCCCGGCGCUCUGUUGCCUGCCAUUGCCACUCAGAACUGUCCCUGGACCUGGCCACCUUCCAUGCUGAUGUGGAGCUGGGGUCCCUGGACCGCCUUGCUGCCCUGUUCCACCAGGCAACCACACCCCCUGAGCCACCUCCUGGCCUGCUAACAGAGCCCCCGCAGGCCACCGAGCAGCAUUCAGUGUUUCGGCUCUCAGCACCCCAGGCCACGCUGAGGCUGCGCUUCCCCAUCCCAGAUCUGCGUCCUGAGCGGGACCCUUGGGCUGGCCGGGCUGUGCGGGCUGAGCAGCUGCGGCUGGAGCUGGCUGAGCCCCAGUUCCGCUCAGAGCUUAACAGUGGGCCUGGACCCCCAGCUCCCACGCGCCUGGAACUCACCUGCUGUGACCUUCAUGGAACCUAUGAAGAUGGAGAGAAGCCACCUGUCCCCUGCCUACGAGUCUCCAAAGCUCCAGACCCCAGGAACACUGGGGGCAAGUGCUUCCUUCCGCAGGUAGUGGUGACCCUGAACCCCCAGUUCAGUAGCACACAAUGGGAGGCUGCCGCUGACAAGUUCGAAGAUCUAGAACUGUCCACUGAGAGUCCAUGUGAGCUGCGACAGCCUGAGCCCUCACCCUUCUCCUCCAAGAGGACCAUGUAUGAGACCGAGGAGAUGGUGAUCCCUGGAGACCCUGAGGAGAUGAGGACAUUCCAGAGCCGGACGCUGGCACUGUCCCACUGUACGCUGGAUGUGACCCUGCCCAGCGCCCACAUCUUCCUGCCUAGCAAGGAAGUCUAUGAAAGCAUCUACAACAGGAUCAACAAUGAUCUGCUCAUGUGGGAGCCUGCAGGCCUGCUUCCCAUGCCCACCCACACUGCUCGGCCCCCUUGCCUCCCAGGCUUGUCAGGGUUCAAGAUGUGCAAGUCAGCCUUCAAGCUAGACUCAGACUCUGAUGAAGAGGACACCCAAUUCUUCUCAAUGGCAUCGGGUGUCCCCAAGACUCCUGCCCCUGAACCUUCGAGCCGUCAGUCUCAAAGCACCUUCUCUACGCUGGUGACAGUGCUGAAGGGUCGGAUCACAGGAUUCUGUGAGGCUAAGGAUGAGACUGGGAGGCGCCUGGAUGUCGCACAUGGGGAGUUGGUGCUGGACGUGGAACAGGGCACUAUCUUCAGUGUGUCCCAGUACUGUGGCCAGCCAGGACUUGCCUACUUCUGCCUGGAAGCUGAAAAGGCAACACUCUACCACCGAGCGGCCGUAGAUGACCACCCACUGCCUACUCACCUGGAAGUGCCCAGCUUUACUCCCCCGGCCCAGCUGGCUCCAACCAUCUACCCAUCAGAGGAAGGGAUGACUGAGCGGGGAACAAUGGGCCGUAAGGGCCAAGGCCCCCCCAUGUUGUCUGCAGCUGUCCGCAUCCAUCUGGACCCUCACAAGAAUGUCAAGGAGUUCUUGGUGACGAUACGGCUGCACAGAGCCACUCUCCGCCACUACAUGGCCCUACCAGAACAGAGCUGGCAUUCCCAGCUGUUGGACUUCUUAGAUGUCCUGGAUGACCCUGUGCUGGGCUACCUGCCCCCAACAGUCAUCACCAUUCUACACACACACCUGUUCUCCUGUGCUGUGGAUUACAGGCCCCUCUACCUCCCUGUACGUGUCCUCAUCACUGCAGAGACCUUCACCCUCUCCAGCAACAUCGUCAUGGACACGUCCACCUUCCUGCUCAGGUUCAUCCUUGACGACUCUGCCUUGUACCUGUCCGACAAGUGUGAGAUGGAGACCCUGGAUCUGCGGCGAGAUUAUAUCUGUGUCCUGGACGUUGACCUCCUGGAACUUGUGAUCAAAACCUGGAAAGGGAGCACUGAGGGCAAACUGAGCCAGCCACUGUUUGAGCUGCGCUGCUCCAACAAUGUGGUUCACGUGCACAGCUGUGCUGACUCCUGCGCCCUACUGGCCAACCUGCUCCAGUAUGUAACCAACGCUGGUGACCUGCAUCCCCCACCCCGGCCCCCCAGUCCCACGGAGAUCGCCGGCCAGAAGGUACAGCUUUCCGACAGUCCUGCCUCCCUGCCCUCGUGCCCUCCGGUGGAGACAGCCCUCAUCAACCAGCGGGAUCUGACUGAUGCCCUCCUGGACACAGAGCGCAGCCUGCGGGAGCUGGCCCAGUCCUCAGGUGGCCUCUUCCCUCAGGCUUCUCCAGUCUCGGUCUACCUGUUCCCAGGUGAACGGAGUGGGGCCCAGGCCCCUUCACGCCCUCCUGGGAGCCCCUCUGGCACCUUGGGGUCCUUCUCUGAGGCAAAGGAAAAUAAAGAAGAGGAAGGGGAUGGAGACACCCUGGAUAGUGAUGAGUUCUGCAUCCUUGAUGCUCCUGGCCUAGGCAUCCCGCCCCGAGACGGGGAGCCUGUUGUGACGCAGCUGCAUCCAGGCCCCAUCAUCAUACAGGAUGGACACUUUUCCCGGCCACUGGGCAGCACAGACCUUCUGCGGGCACCUGCACACUUCCCAGUGCCCAGCAGCCGCGUGGUGCUGCGGGAGGUCUCCCUCAUCUGGCACCUCUAUGGGGGCCGAGACUUUGGUCCCCACCCUGGCCACAGAGCAAAAGUGAGCUUCGCAGGCCCCAGGGGCUCCCCUUCCCGCUCCUCUGGCCCAAACCGUCCCCAGAAUUCCUGGCGCACCCAGGGUGGAAGUGGGCGACAGCACCAGGUCCUCAUGGAGAUCCAGCUCAGCAAGGUGAGCUUCCAGCACGAGGUGUACCCAGAAGAGCCAACCACUGUCACAGCCCCCAGCCAGGAAUUGGAGGAGCAGCCACUGUCCCGCCAGGUCCUCAUCGUUCAGGAGCUAGAGAUCCGCGACCGCCUGGCCACCUCCAAGAUCAACAAGUUUCUGCACUUGCAUACGAGCGAGCGGCUGCCGAGGCGCACGCACUCCAACAUGCUCACCAUCAAGGCAUUGCACGUGGCCCCCACCAGCAGCCUGGGUGGACCAGAGUGCUGUCUCCGAGUCUCGAUGAUGCCUUUGCGGCUCAAUGUGGACCAGGAUGCCCUCUUCUUCCUCAAGGACUUCUUCACCAGCCUAGCAGCUGGCAUUAACCCUAUGGUCCCAGGGGACACUUCUGCUGAGAGUGAGAUGCUGGGCCAGGGAGGGGAAAAUCGAGACCCUGCUUGCCCAGGGAGCACGGCAUCCAAUCCCUGGUCCCAUCCUGGAUCUGUGACCUCUCUAGCUUGGCGUGAGACCCACAGCCAGCCUGACAGCCCCCAGGAAGGCCAGUCAGAGGAUACAGAGACAGCCAGCAGCCCACAGGAGGCCCCAAGCAGUGGCCAUAGCUCCUCUGACCAACAGCCCAUCUACUUCAGGGAGUUCCGCUUCACGUCUGAGGUACCCAUCUGUCUGGAUUACCACGGCAAGCACGUCACCAUGGACCAGGUGGGCACUUUUGCAGGACUCCUCAUCGGCUUGGCUCAGCUCAACUGCUCUGAGCUGAAGCUCAAGCGACUCUGCUGCCGGCAUGGGCUGCUGGGAGUGGACAAGGUGCUGGGCUAUGCCCUCAACGAGUGGCUGCAAGAUAUCCGCAAGAACCAGCUGCCCGGCCUGCUGGGAGGCGUGGGCCCCAUGCACUCGGUUGUUCAGCUCUUCCAAGGGUUCCGGGACCUGCUGUGGCUACCCAUUGAACAGUACAGGAAGGACGGCCGGCUCAUGCGGGGUCUGCAGCGUGGGGCCGCCUCCUUUGGAUCAUCCACGGCCUCUGCCGCCCUGGAACUGAGCAACCGGGUAGUACAAGCCAUCCAGGCCACAGCUGAGACAGUAUAUGACAUCCUGUCUCCGGCGGCUCCCAUCUCCCGAUCUCUACAAGACAAACGUUCUUCACGGAGACUGCGCAGAGGUCAGCAACCUGCUGACCUCCGAGAGGGCAUGGCUAAAGCUUAUGAUGCAGUUCGAGAGGGCAUCCUGGAUACAGCUCAGACCAUCUGUGAUGUGGCCUCUCGAGGCCAUGAACAGAAGGGGCUGACGGGUGCCGUGGGGGGCGUGAUCCGACAGUUGCCCCCGACGGUGGUGAAGCCCAUCAUCGUGGCCACAGAAGCCACAUCCAAUGUGCUUGGGGGCAUGCGCAACCAGAUCCUGCCGGAUGCCCACAAAGACCAUGCUCUCAAGUGGCGCUCAGAGGAGGCCCAGGACUGAGCACAUGCAACCAGCUUCCUGGGGUACUGCCCACCCACCUUCCCAUGCCUACCAUAUCUGGCCAGCCCCAGUGGUGCCACCAGUUCCUCGGUUUCAUGAGAGCUGUGAACCACAGCCAGGCCACCAGGCCCUUCAAGGGAUGGCCACUGUGAAGGACGCCUGCCCAGCCCUGCCUGUUGCCAAUCUGCCGUGAGAGUGAGGCCUCCCGGCUUUGGGGCCUUGGCCCCGUCUGUGCACUUUCCUCUGGGGAAAAAGGACAUUGCCCCUCCCUGCCACCCAGGUCCACACUGCUGCCUUGUUCCAGAGUGAGGACAGAGGCUUUUGGACCCAAGGACUCCACUCAGCCAAGUGUCUCUCCAUGUUUCGUGGGGAGGUGGGGGACAGAUGCUGUGUGGGUCAGUGUAUUAUUUUUAAGCUCCUUGAGCAUGUGGGUCAGUGUCUGCAUGAAGUGGAAUAAACUUGCCCACCGCCAAACCCUCUCCCAGGUCCUCUGUA